AUAAAGGCCCAACUAAUCUUAAACGUUAUAUGAUAAGAGAAUGGAGCCGUUCGAUAUGUAAAGUUUAUGAAUAAUAAGAGAGAAAAAGCAAGCAAUAUGGGCCAUAACAUGUCUACUCAAUAGCUCCAUGAUUUGAUUUGUAUCCUCUACCACUCUUGUUCCCUAUUCAUUUCACCACCAAAAUUGAAAGCUUCCCCUCAAAAUCAAGCCCAAUUCUGAAUUGAAUCACCAAAAGAAGAAGAAAUGUCAAUUGUUGAAGGAGGAUCUUCCUCAAGUUCUUCACCUCACCCAACCCCAAGUAGAUAUGAGUCCCAAAAGCGAAGGGAUUGGAACACAUUUUGCCAAUAUUUGAAGAAUCAAAGGCCCCCAGUUCCUCUUUCGCAGUGCAGCUGCAGCCAAGUGUUGGAGUUUCUUAGAUAUCUGGACCAAUUUGGUAAGACCAAAGUUCAUGUUCAAGGGUGCAUGUUCUAUGGCCACCCUGAGCCGCCUGCCCCGUGCACUUGUCCGCUAAGGCAAGCUUGGGGCAGCUUGGAUGCUCUUAUUGGGAGACUGAGAGCUGCCUAUGAAGAAAAUGGUGGCGCCCCACAGAGUAACCCUUUUGCUUCUGCUGCAAUUAGGGUUUAUCUUAGGGAUGUUAGGGAAUGUCAAGCUAAAGCAAGAGGGAUUCCUUACAAGAAGAAGAAGAAAAAGAAGAAUGUUACUUCUUCUGUUCAGAGCAAGGGGGCUGAAGAAUCAAGCUCAAGCUCCUCCACCAUCCACUUUGUGCCUUGAUUUUCAUCUUCGAGCUCUCUCUCCUUCUCUCAAAAACAUUAAUAUAUGGGACCAAAAAAUGUGAAGAAAUAAGAGAAGUGGACAAGAUGAGCGAGUGAAUUGAUAAUCAUCCCUGGUUUGGCUAUUUUUAUUAUCCUUUCAAGCUCUAUAUAUAUAUAUAUAUAUAUGAAUGUAUGUAUGCAUUGUCGAGGGGGAUGGAAUCUGCACGAAAUUCCAUUAAAGGCAUUAGUCUUUAUGAUCAGAGAGUUUUCAUUUCCCUUUUGCCUUAUGAAUUUUCAGCUUUUGAAGUCUUUGAGAUAUCACAAAACUCUAAAUCUACGUAACUUGAUUCUGCUACUUUUUUCCUUCAAUAUGUGCUUUGUCCUUCUCUUUC